AUGAUGACCGCGAUGAUGAUGAUGUUGAUGAUGUGUGGGAUGGCGGGUUUGCACUAAGAUGGCUGGUCCGCUCUUUCGCGCAUUCGUUGUAGGAUGCAAAGCCGUGCCGUACUGUAGCCCCCAAAACAAGGGGGUGUCUGGGGUAGGGCACGCAGAUCGUGAACUGAUGGGUAGAUCAGCGAAUGAGCGGGUGAUUGAUUUAAUGAAUGGAGCUGCGCGCAGAGAUUCCGUGUUUGUCCGGCGCGUUGGGUUCUCAAGUCGGAGAAGGAGCUGCACGAGGUGGCGCGCAGGAACGACGUGGUGCGUCUGCGCGAGCUCAUCAAGAAGGGCGUCGACGUCAAUGCCAAGAGCAGCGUGGACCGCACGGCACUGCACCUGGCGGCGGGCAGCGGGCAGGAGGAGGCGGUGAAGGUUCUGCUGGAGCACGAGGCCGUGGUGGACAGCGAGGACAAGUUUGGCAUGAAUGCGCUGCUGCUUGCCUCCUGGUUCGGUCACCGCAAGGUGGUGCAGAUGCUGGUGUCCGCGGGGGCAAAGGUCACGUGCGAGAAUAAGAGCGGGCUCACCGUGCUGCACUGUGCUGCCCAGCGCGGCCACGCCGCCGUGAUGCAGUUCAUCAUCGAGGACCUGGAAGACCUCGACAUCGACAAGACCACAAAGCUGGGUCAGACGGCGCUGCACCUGACAGCAGAGGAGGGCCAGCUGCAGGCUGUGGAGUACCUGCUCUCGUGCGGCAGCUCCCUCGCCAUGCGCGACAAGGACAACAAUUCGCCGCUGCACCUCGCGGCCGGGCGAGGCCACCUCGCCGUCGUGAAGAAGUUGCUAGAGGCCGGCGCCGAGAUGGAUGGCAGGAACACGGCGGGACAGACGUCUCUGCAUCUCGCGGCCGAGGGCGGGCAUCACCACUGCGUGCAGCUGCUGCUGUCCUCCGGCUGUGACAUCGAUGCACAGUCGAGCAAGAGUAUGACGGCGCUGCACUACGCAGCGCGCAGUGGGCACGACGAGGUGGCGCAGCUCCUCAUCCGGGGCGGCAUCGCCGUGGAUGCCGUGGACCACCACCACGCCACGGCCAUGCAGCUCGCCGUCCUCCACAACUUCCCGGCCAUCGUGAAGCUCAUCAUCGACGCUGACGGGGACCUGGACAUCGCCGACAACAGGCAGCAGACCCCCCUGCACGUCGCGGCAGAGCACGCGCGGCAGGACAUCGCCGAGAUGAUCCUCAUCUCCGGCGUCAACCUGAAGCUCGUGGACAAGCAGGGGAAGACUUCUCUGGACAUCGCAGCCCGGGGAAACCACAUCAGCAUGGUGGACAUGAUCAUAAAGGCCGACCGGUUCUACAAGUGGGAGAAGGACAACCUCCCGAGCGAGUCGGACUCGUGGGUCCUCAAGCACCUGACGUUCAAGCAGGACCAGCGGCCGGAGACGGAGCACAUGCGCUCCGUGCUGUGGCGUCUGUCCACGCAGCACCUCAAGGUGGGGGAGUGGAAGUGCCUGGCGCACCACUGGACCUUCACAGAGGCCCACAUACGCGCCAUCGAGCAGCAGUGGGCAGGCAGCAAAAGCUACAAGGAGCAUGGCCACCGCAUGCUGCUCAUCUGGCUGCACGGCGUCCUCACGGCCAGGGAGAAUCCCAUCAAGAGUCUCUACGAGGGCCUCGUGGGCAUCGACCGCCUCGACUUGGCCGAGAGCAUGCGGAGGAAAGCCAACGCGGAGAACGACUCCCCUAAGAAGUGCGCCAUGACCUGACACGGCGGUUGGGCCGGGGGUCAGCCUCCCGUCUCCUCACCAUCCCAACCUCCUCACCACCUCAACCUCCUCACCGUCUCAACCUCCUCACCACCUUAACCUCCUCACCACCUCAACCUCCUCACCAUCCCAACCUCCUCACUGUCCCAACCUCCUCCUCAUCUCAACCUCCUCACCGUCCCAACCUCCUCCUCAUCUCAACCUCCUCACCAUCCCAACCUCCUCACCGUCUCAACCUCCUCACUGUCCCAACAUCCUCACCAUCUCAACCUCCUCACCUCCUCAACCUCCUCACCGUCU